AGAUCAACUCCUACGGGAAAAAGUUAAUUUUCUUGACGUUUCCUCGAUUCCCGUGAUAUCGCAAAAUAAUUCACGGCAAGAUCGUCCCCUCUGUGAAACAAUCAUUGCUUGUGAGAAACCCCGUUCCAUUAGGAGACCUUAGCAGGGCUUCCCAUCGGGUAUAAAUAUCAUUGUCCCCAUCCUUUCAGCACCAGUUAUUCUCUCUUCCAUCAACGAAACUGAUCGGUGGGAAAAAAAUUGCAAAAUCAUGAACUCCGCGAUUCUCUAUCUUGCUAUGGGGCUUGCACUUGUGUCAUCGAAUCUGCGUACAGCUUCCGCAGGCAUCGCCGAGCUUCUCAACGGCGUCGACGACGCUGGUUUACAAGUGCCUCCGGCACACACCUCCGUGUCGAAUUUGCUGAGGGAGACUUUGGAGGACAACAGCGUCGGUAAUUCUUGUCAAGUCGAAUAUCAAGUGACUAAGCGUGCCGUAGGUCGCUGCAUUAAGUUGGGCCGCGACAUUCGAGCCUGCGUUUCCGGUACAUAUCUGGACCCCUUUCAUCCGGAAUGUAUGUAAUUCGCAACACGCACGUCGAAGCGGAAGUUGAAGCAGAAGACCUUUGGCACGUACUGCAAGAACCCCUGAGAUCUCAUGUUUACUUAUCACUGAUUAAUUCAAGAUUUAUUAUCAUUAUGAAUCGUUUGUUUCUAAAAGGGUAUGUGAUAAAUAUUCUAGCGAAUUUUUUGUCAUCCCCAUUUAUCCUCCGGAAUUUGUAUUUUCUUAUGCUUGAAUUAAUCGUUAGUUUGUAUAAUUCUGACAUGUAUAUACUUUCAUUUAAAUAACAUACAAAAAAUUUUACCAAUAAAGAACAUACUCAAAUCCUUGCUAUAAA